GGUUAGAGAGAGGGUAGGAGGCAGGCGGGCGCAUGGGGCGCCCCGGCCCCGCCGGCAGCGCGCCCCCUUGGGCCCCGCUGAGCUGAACGCACCCCCACCGCCAAGCCUCGAACUCGCGCCCCGAGGCCAUGCCAGUCAUGAAGGGGUUGCUGGCCCCACAAAACACCUUCCUGGACACGAUCGCCACCCGUUUCGACGGCACGCAUAGCAACUUCCUGCUGGCCAAUGCACAGGGCCCAAGGGGCUUUCCCAUCGUCUACUGCUCGGACGGCUUCUGCGAGCUCACGGGGUACGGCCGCACGGAGGUCAUGCAGAAAACGUGCAGCUGCCGUUUCCUCUACGGCCCGGAGACCAGCGAGCCGGCCCUGCAGCGGCUCCACAAGGCCCUGGAGGGCCACCAGGAGCACAGGGCUGAAAUCUGCUUCUACCGGAAAGACGGCUCGGCCUUUUGGUGCCUCCUGGACAUGAUGCCCAUCAAGAAUGAGAUGGGGGAGGUUGUGCUUUUCCUCUUUUCCUUCAAGGACAUCACUCAGAGUGGAGGCCCGGGUCUCGGCCCCUCAGGAAGCCAUGGGGACAGUAAUCAUGAAAACUCCCUUGGCAGGCGGGGAGCCCGGUCCAGACUUCGAUUCGCCCGGAGACAGAGCCGUACCGCCCUACGCAGGCUGACCGGCCACUUUGGCCGCCGGGGCCGGGGAAGCCUGAAAACCAAUAAUAACGUGUUUGAGCCAAAGCCAUCGGUGCCUGAGUACAAGGUGGCCUCCGUGGAGGGGUCCCGCUGCCUCCUCCUGCACUACAGCGUCCCCAAGGCCGUCUGGGACGGCCUCAUCCUCCUUGCCACCUUCUACGUCGCAGUCACCGUCCCCUACAACGUCUGUUUCUCGGGCGACGACGACACCCCCAUCACUUCCCGACACACCCUCGUCAGCGACAUCACCGUGGAGAUGCUGUUCAUCCUGGAUAUCAUCCUGAACUUCCGCACGACCUACGUGUCCCAGUCGGGCCAGGUGGUCUCUGCCCCCCGUUCCAUCGGCCUCCACUACCUGGCCACCUGGUUCUUCGUCGACCUUAUCGCCGCUCUGCCUUUUGACCUGCUUUACGUCUUCAACGUCACCGUGACAUCGCUGGUGCACCUGCUGAAGACAGUGCGGCUGCUGCGGCUGCUGCGGCUGCUGCAGAAGCUGGAGCGGUACUCGCAGUGCAGCGCCGUGGUGCUCACGCUGCUCACGUCCGCCUUCGCGCUCCUCGCCCACUGGAUGGCCUGUGUCUGGUAUGUCAUCGGGCGCCGGGAGAUGGAGGCCAAUGACCCGCUGCUAUGGGACAUCGGCUGGCUGCACGAGCUGGGCAAGCGGCUGGAGGUGCCCUAUGUCAACGGCUCCGCGGGCGGUCCGUCGAGGCGCAGUGCCUACGUUGCUGCGCUUUACUUCACGCUGAGCAGCCUCACCAGCGUGGGCUUCGGCAACGUGUGCGCCAACACCGACGCCGAGAAGAUCUUCUCCAUCUGCACGAUGCUCAUAGGCGCGCUGAUGCACGCGGUGGUGUUCGGGAACGUGACGGCCAUCAUCCAGCGCAUGUACUCGCGCCGCUCGCUCUACCACCGCCGCAUGAAGGACCUCAAGGACUUCAUCCGCGUGCAUCGCCUGCCGCGGCCGCUCAAGCAGCGCAUGCUGGAGUACUUCCAGACCACGUGGGCCGUCAACGGCGGCAUCGACGCCAACGAGUUGCUGCGCGACUUCCCCGAUGAGCUGCGCGCCGACAUCUCCCUGCACCUGAACCGGGAGAUCCUGCAGCUGCCGCUGUUCGGCGCGGCCAGCCGGGGCUGCCUGCGGGCCCUCUCCCUGCACAUCAAGGCCUCGUUCUGCGCGCCGGGCGAGUACCUGCUGCGCCGCGGGGAUGCCCUGCAGGCCCACUACUACGUCUGCUCGGGCUCGCUUGAGGUGCUGCGGGACAACAUGGUGCUGGCCAUCCUGGGGAAGGGGGACCUGAUCGGGGCAGACACCACGGAGCCAGGGCAGGAGCCUGGGUCGGGAGCAGGCCCAGCCUGCGUGCUGAAGACCAGCGCGGACGUGAAGGCGCUGACGUACUGCGGCCUGCAGCGGCUGAGCAGCCGCGGGCUGGCGGAGGUCCUGAAGCUCUAUCCUGAGUACGCGGCCGCCUUCCGCGCUGGCCUGCCCCGAGACCUGACCUUCAACCUGCGCCAGGGCUCUGACACGAGUGGCCUCAGCCGCUUCUCCCGGUCCCCUCGGCUCUCUCAGCCCCGCUCGGAAAGCCUUGGCUCCUCCUCGGACAAGACCCUGCCGUCCAUCACGGAGGCCGAGGCCGGGGCCGGGCCUGGAGGUGGUCCCAGGCCCCGCAGGCCCCUCCUGCUGCCCAACCUCAGCCCAGCCCGGCCCCGCGGCUCCCUGGUCAGCCUUCUGGGUGACGAGCUGCCCCCCUUCUCCUCGGCCCUGAUCUCUUCCCCUUCCCUAUCGCCAUCUCCGUCUCCUGCCCUGGCUGGCCAGGGCCACAGCCCCUUCUCUCAUGGCCCCGCCAGGGGCUCUGCCGCCAGGAAGCCCCCCCAGCUUCUUAUCCCCCCACUGGGAACACUUGGACCUUCGGACCUCAGUCCCCGGGUAGUGGACGGCAUUGAGGACUCCGGCAGCUCAGCGGAGGCCCCGGUGUUCCAGUUCAGCAGGAGGCCUGAGCACCCCAGGUCCCACUCUCAGGCCCCUCCCACAGGGACCGGGCGCAGCCAGGAGCUGGCCACCGGGGCCGAGGAAGUGAAGGAGAAGGUCUGCAGGCUGAACCAGGAGAUCUCCCGCCUCAACCAGGAAGUGUCUCAGCUCAGCCAGGAGCUCCGGCACAUGAUGGGCCUGCUGCAGGCCAGGCUGGGUCCCCCCGGCCACCCGACAGCCUCAGCGUGGCCCUCAGACCCUCCGUGCCUCCAGCCCAGGCCUCCAUGCCUCUCUCCCCAUCUGUUGGGGCCACCGCCUCGCCUCCAGGAUACUACUCUCGCUGAGGUCCACUGCCCAGCCACCGUGGGGGCAGCAGAGAUGAGGGCUGCCCCCUACGACCUGAGACCCUGCGUGUUGUCCCCCUACCCCUCAGAGCCGGACCCUCUGGGACCCUCCCCAGUGCCAGAGGCCUCACUCCGGACCCCAAGUCUCAUGAGACACAGCUUCCGGUCCAGGUCAGACACGUUCCACUGACCCUGGCCCCGGGCCCAGGCCUGUCUGGGGCGGGCAUUGCCACCCGCCACCAGGGAAAGGCUGGGCCCACCUUGGGUCAGCAGCCACCAGCUGGUCUGGUUGGCUCCGGAUUCUAAGAACUUUUUCACAAAGCCUGGUCACUUUUGACCCUCUUUCCUUUUCCAAACCUCCUGUCCUCUCUGGGAGGGGAGCCACCUGAGGCCGUGGAACCCGACAGGCAUGAGAGCGAACUCAGUGCCCACUGGGCUGGGCAGAUGAGACGUCCUGCCUUCUCCCCAGGACCUGGAGGCAGGCUGUCACGGAAGGUGGUCUCUUCUGUCGCCAGCAACUUGAAACAGUUCCAUCAGCGCUCCCCGUCCCUCCCCUGCCUCCAGGCCUCAGCCAAGCCUGUCCUCCCCUUUCCCAACAGGGUCUCACUCAGGGCCCUGACCUCUCACAAACUCACCCUGGUCUCCAGCUCUCCUUUACCCCUCAACACCCUGGGCUCACUUUUGGAUAGGAAAUAAAUUAUUUAUUUUUGUA